AUGGUCCUAGGCAUUAUUUUAUUUUGUGAGAAAAGAUAUGUGCUUAGAGGGCAUAGCUUUGAUUUAAAUUCAGCUCAUGCACCGAAAUAUUUCCAAUGUGGGACCUAAUCAUUUCGUCCAUUUCAACACAACCAUUUAGAGCGCGGUGUGAUCUAGUGGUAUUCAGCAAGUCACGUCAUCAGAUUAGUUAGAUCCUACGGCUAGCAAAUCACCAAGAUACUAGAUGUGUAAAGCAAUCUAUCGACGGUUCAUGAAUCCGACAACACUUAGCACGCAUGUAGCCUUAAAGGAUGAUCUGAUGACUAGGAGGCAUCAUGGUACUAUAACUUAAGUUCCCAAUCAGUAGCAGUUUGCGGUGAGUUGAUCUUGCAUUGCUCAAUGUGCCACGUGACCAAGCAUAUUUGAUCUAGUGGCUCCCGACGUGCCAUGAUAUUUGGAACUUAAGUUCUCGCACGUAUUAUCAUUAGGGAUAUAAAGAUAAUAAUUGAUUAUUAUUUGAUAAAAUAGACAUUAGAUUAUCUUUAAAAUCCUAAUGGUAGUCACGAAUACAACAAUCUGUUUCCUCCCUCCUUUUGCAUGAUCAAUGAUUCUGGCAAUCAACAAGUUUUUCCUCCUCCAACUGUACUAAGGCUUCUGGCGAGUGGUCAACUCUUCCUUUCUCCCCCCUGACGUGACUCAGUCGUUGUAUAUUAAAUCACGCAAAUCUAAAAUUUAUAAAACUAGAAAAUACGAAUUUUCGGAUAUUUAGAAGUAUUUCUAAACAAAUAUAUCAAUUAUAAUUCAAUAAAACUUCCAAAAAUAGCAAUAAUUUUUCAGGUCGAUCAUAGGGAUGUAAUAUAAUAUAUGGUAUUCAGAAUUUUUCUCAAUGAAUACGAUUUUCUAUGAAUUGUAUACUAAGAAAUGACAAGGAAAUAUAUUUAAAAUUCACGAAAAAAAGGAAAUAAGGGUGCGGACGUCAGGAUGACGUCAGCGCCCGACGAACGCGAAUCAGGCGAAAAUAGAGUUCCACUCGGUGAUUCUUACGUAAGCGAUUACAGACGAUUUAAUUAAUCAAAUUAAGAUCUGUAAAAGCUAGAAGAAUCGUAAUUGAACGAAGUAUAUUUUGGUAAAUUAAAAUCACACAAAGUAUCACUAAAUGAAGCAUAAAGUAAAUUGAAAGUAGGAAAACAGAGUUUCGGCGUCGCGACGGCGAUGCACCGGAAUCCUGAGCGUUCGGGAGGAUCGUCGUGCAGUGUCCACGGCCUUGAAGGCUCUCCUUGGACAAAGACGACGUGGGCAAUCUCUAGAUCUCCUUUCGAAGUCUAGAGAUCAAUGGAAUGGGUCGUCGAGUCGUCUCCGGCGGCUGUCACCCGGCGGAGCGGAAAAAUGGUGACUUUGCAGCUCUCCGGCGGCUGUCACCUGACGGAGAGGAGCUGGAUGGAGGUGGGGCGCAUGUCAGGGAGCUUCAUCCUCAGGUCCGCGCAGCAAGAGGAGGCUCUUCAUCGCAUUUGGUACGCUCUCAGGAGGUGA